GGCUGAAGCAGGGUGUUGAUACCUUCGCGCAACGUCAACGUCGCCGCUAAUUUUAAGCACGAAACGACUCAAGAGCCGGAAUGGCUACACCAUGCCCCAUAUUCCCAACCCUGGAAGAGCACGACUGAAGCAGGGACGGCAAUGGACGCCUGCAUCGCCCGGGGAGGAAUCUCCCACGUUUUAUCGCAGGCUCGAGCGUCGCUCAAGAACCCGUCUCGCCCAUUCACGCCGCAGACCUCCGCUCGACCUUUAUUCCACGGAGAUGACUAUCGCCCAGGGUCUCGUCCGAGCUCUUCGUACACAGUGGCGGAGCUUAAACAAAUGACUCAACAGCAGACCCAGCAGACGCAGCAGCAGAAGGUGAUACCGUCUGUGGCCAAGCCGACGAAGCUCCCGCCGAGACCAAACGGUCUCAAGCCUCGGCCGCCUGUGGCUCCGCAAUCUAGCGAGAAGACGUCGCUGACCGGGUCCGCUUCAUCCAGCAGCCUCAAGUUGGUGCACGCGCCCAUUUUGUCAGAUGACGAGUCGAACGACGAGCUAUCGGCUGUGAGCCCUGGGCCCUCAGAGACGCAGUUUGAUCCGGAGGCCUCUCUGUCACUCCCGUCCAAUGACGAGCUCAUGCACUCGUACGGCGGAAUUGAGCGCUGCAUUCGCGACUUGAUCGGGCGAGAAGAAGCUCCGGAGUUUGGUGACAGCGUCGGUCGUUUACGAGAGCUGGUGGACGGCUUCGUGGGUCUGAGCUCUUUCCUCCACAAGCAACGCUCGAAGGCAGAGCCGCCUGAAGACGCCGCAGCGUCAAAGCUUCGGUGGCAGCUAUUCGACUCGCUGUCGAGUGUUCUGCUGGAAAGUUGGGUCGCGAACGCAGUCUGCGUACAGGAGCUCGCACCCAGUCUCUUUGACUUGUACACUUCUCUACAGGCUCCAACGGAUGAGCAGGACAGACCCAGCGCCCAAAUGAUCAAGCUGGGCAAGACCCUGUUCGUCCUCAGCAAGGACAGCGCGAACGACAGCGCCUUCUGCAGCGUGCGCUACGUUGAGGCAGUUCUCCACGCGAUCGCUGGCACCAGCGACGAAGCUUCCAAUCACAAGGACGAUAAACACUCGAAAGCCCACGACGACGCCAUUGUCCUCCCACCCAAGCAGCAAACGAUCCCCUUAAAGACCUUGAUCUACGCAGCGGGGACCUUGAAGAACAUUUCGAGUGCUGAGGACAAGAUGUCUCGCCUGCUAGCCACCAACCGCGCUAUUGCGAUCCUCAGUGAGACGAUGUUGUGGCAGGCUGAAGGGGGAGAUCCCGCUCAAACCAAAGAGAUCGCUCAGUUCCUGAUUCAAACGACCGGAAUUCUACGCAACCUGUCGGUCUCGAAGUCCAACCACAAACAGUUCCUCGAAGCCCGCAUCCCCCUGCGGUUGUGCGGCAUGAUCCCAGCCUUCAUCUCCCAUCAGGAACUCAUGGUCAACAUCUCGCGCAUUCUGAGCAAACUCACGCUGCACGAGCUGCCACGCGCGCAGAUCAACCAGAGGCCCAUCAACCUGCGGAACCUUAUGGCGUUAAUCAACCAUCGUCAGAACUCGUGGCUUUCUCUCGUGGACCAGCAACGCUCCGACAUGCGCUUCCAGGACUUGCUCUUCAUCCGCGUCUUCUUCGUGCUGGGCAACUUGUGCGCCGGCAACGACCAGAACCGACGGCUGAUUGUCAAAAACUUUUCAGGUGUUGAAGUUUUGAUGGAGGUGCUGCAAUUCUACGCUGCCCGCUAUUCGGACGCUCGAAAUGAUUCCGAGGACGAGAAGGACGGACGUCGUCAUGCUUCAGAAGGAGAACAAUCCAUGGAGGUCUUGAUCAAACUGGUCCGUGUGGUUGCGAACCUGGCCAUUAGUGCCGAUGUGGGAGCUCAAUUGAACGCGAGCGAGAGUCUGUCGCCUCUACUGGAGAUUCUGGAAGUCGCUCAACGCGCGGGUGAUGAAGAGAUCAUGCUAAACGCCGUGAGCUGCAUCACGAACGUGUCGUACUAUAGCACGCCGCCCACUGGUAACGCUAACAGUGAUGGCUAUUGCUUUAUUGAGAGCAACCGUAUCGCUAUCACGCAGCUUCUGUCGAGGAUUCUGCUGGACAGGAACGAAGAAGCAGUGGUCGAAGCGGCCAGAGCGUUCGGCAACUUGUCGCGGUUCAAAGACGUGCUGGCGUAUAUGGGCGAGCUCAAGGUGCUCGACUGCCUGGUGGUCUUGCUGGACCACAGCAACCGGGAGGUCGUGUACACGGUCUGUGGUGUGUUGAUGAAUGCGGCGCUCGAUCCGAGCACACGCAAAGGCUUACUGGCAGUUCGACCCGCUGUUGACAACGACACAGUUGAUGUCCGCAACCUUCUCGUUGGGAUAGUCGAGUGUGCCGCGGCGGACGACUUGGAGAUGACGCUCAUCGCUAGCAAGGCUCUCUACAACCUGCUGCUCUCGAAGGACCACGGCGACGGCAAAGCUAACUUUACGGCUGAUGCAAUGAGCCUACGACGCACAGUUGAAGACGUUCUUGGCACUAUCAGCAACGGCAAAAGGGCGAGUGCACUGAGUAGUCGACAGGAACUUCGGUUGGUGCUUCCACAGCUUUUAAGGAGUGUUAACUCGCUCGUGAGUGCAACUUAA